AUGAAGAAAUACUUGCUUUUUGAGAAUUCCCAGUAUUCCUAUAUUAUUAACAGUAUAAAAAAUGGAGAUGAAUCUGAAAUGCUAGCUGCGCUGAACGAUUUUUAUGAACAAUUGAAUUUGUCAGCUGACGGAGGUUUGAGCAAUUCGACUUUAGAAGAAUAUAUGAACGUGCUUAUUCACGUAAUAAAAAGUCCUCACAUAAGUUAUAAUAGUGUUUACGGAAGAAAUGAGAACAACAACAACAAUAAUAAUAAUAAUAAAAAGAAGAAUGUGAAAAAUUCCACAAACGACAAGAAAGGAAAUUCUUCUGAAAGGAUAAAUGAGGUUGUAGGUAGUGGAAUAAAUAGCUUUUUCAAAAUAAUCCAAGAGCAUAUGGGAGUUUAUGCUUCUGAUUUUGAUGAAGGUGAAGAGAGUGAAUCAGAUUUUAGUGGUACUAAAGAAGAUAAGAAGAAAAAGAAGAAGAAGAAAAAAAAAAAGAACAAGGAAAAAAAUAAAAGUAGUAAUAAUAAUAAUAAUAAUAAUAUUAAGGAAAAGAAGAAUUUACUUGAAUUAUUAAAUGUGAAGGAAGAAGAUUUCAUAAAUGAAGGUGAUAAGAAUUGUGAAGAAGAUGUAAAGGAUGAAGACAAGGAAAAUAAUUCAGAUAAUAAUAAGAAUGAUGAUAAAAAGAAGAAGGAUAAUAAGAAAAAGAAGGUUGAUAAAAGAAAUGAAAAUAAAAAUGAAAAUGAAUCAAGUAAAGAAGAUGAUGAAAAAGGAUUAGAUAAGGUACCUAAGAAAAAAAAAUCAAAAGAGAAGAAUGUUUCAAAAGAGAAUAAUAUUAAAACAGAAAUAAUAAUAAAUUCAGAGGAAGAGAGUGAAGAAGAUUAUUCUUAUUCAGAUAAUAUGAGUGAUAAUAAUUCAUCAAGUAGUACAAGUGAGUGUACAAUAGAAUCAGAGAAUGAGAAAUUUUUUCUGAGUAAUAUAAAUUGUGUAGAUGUAAAAUAUAUUACUAUAAUUUAUACAGCUACAUGUUGUAUAUAUACUAUUUUAGAUAUAUAUCCGAAUUCUAUAAAAUAUAUAAUUAAUAACAAAGAAGCUGUGUACAUAUUAAAUAAAAAAUUGAAUGAUAUUGAAUAUAUUGAUGUUGCAGAAGUAAUAUUAAAAAUUUUUGAAAAGUUAGUAGAGAAGGAUCCAAUGCUUAUAUUAAAAAAGAAGAGUAUUAAAUAUAUGUUAAUGCAUAUAGAUUUUUAUAAUGUAAAUAUACAAAAGAAAAUAUUUUUUUGUAUUAUUCAAAUGAUUAAUAAUAUAACUAAAUAUAGACAUAUUACAAAAUAUAUAACUCCAUAUUGUAAUAUCUUUAUUAAUUUUUUUCAUUAUCAUUAUAUUCAUAUAUUAAAUAUUAUAUGUACUUUAUGGAGAUCGUUUCUUGAUAAAAUGAUUACCUUGAGAUUAGAAGAGGAAAGGUUAGCCAUGGAGGAUAUGCUUGGAAUAUGUAGGAAUAAAAAGGAUAAUGAACGUACAUCAUAUUUAAGUAAAUUAAUAGAAAAAAAAAAGGAUAAGAAAAAAUCAAAAAAGAAAAAUGGAAAUAUAAAUGCAAAUGUGAAUAUUUUGGAUGAUGGAGUACGACCAGAAAAAAGGAAGACAAAAGGUAAUAAUAUAAAGGUGACACCUAUCUAUGAUAAUGACAUAAUCGAAAUAUCCGAUGAGGAUGAGUCUGUAAAUUUGAUGGAUAAAAAUAUAAGAAAGAAGGGAAGUGUGAGUGGUUCAAAGGGUAAAAGAAAGAAGACUACAUCGAAUGAUAAAAUAAGAGGAGAAGAUAUAAAUGAUGUCGUUGUAACAAAUGAAUCAUUCCAAGAUUGUAAUAAUAAAAGUAAUAGUAAUAAUAAUGAAGAUAUGGAAGAUAAUAAUAAUAAUAAUAAUAAUAAUAAUAAUAAUGGUGAUAAAAGUAAGAGUAGAGAUAGAAAUAAAUUGAAAACUAAUUAUAAUAAUAAGUUAUUAUUAAAUAUGAUUCAUUUAAAUAGUGAUGAUAAUAUAUAUUAUAAAUUAAGUUCGGAAAUAGAAAGUAUUUAUAAUAUAAAUAUUCGAGAUAAUAUUAUAAAAUUAUUAAUUGAAUGUCAAAUAGAAGAUAAUUUAUAUGCGUUUAUGGAAACGUUUUAUAUAAUAUCUAUAUUAGUUCAUUAUAGUAAUAAUGUAUUAGAAGAUUUUUGUAAGUCCGAAUUUUUAAAUAGGUUUAAUGAAUUUUUUGGAAAUAAAAAAUUUCGAAGUAAUAAUUUUCUUAUCAUAUAUAUUUUAUUUACAUUAUAUUCUUUUCUACCUAUGUGUACAUAUAAUGGAAAAUUAAUAUAUGAAUAUGAUAAUAAGAGGGAUAUCAAGGAUGAAAUAUUUUAUGAGAAUAUAGGUGAAUUUAUAAAUGAUGAGAUAACCAAAAAAAAAAAAAAUAUAGAUAAUAUAGAUAAUAUAGAAAAUAUAGAGAAUGCAAAAAAUGUAGAAAAUAAUAUGAAUGUUGAAAAUGCAAAAAAUGUACAAAAUAAUAAGAAUGUUGAAAAUGCAAAAAAUGUACAAAAUAAUAAGAAUGAUAAAGAUUUUAUCAACACAAGUUGUCGUUAUAAUAACAAAUUUGGUAUGUUAGUAUACAAAUUUCCAAUAGAUGUGAAGAAAUAUAAAUUAACGUUUUAUAAAAACAAUUUGGCUCAUUUAUUUACCCUUAUAAAAAUAGUGAUACCAAAUAUAUAUUAUAUAUACGAAGAAACAUUAUAUUAUGAUAUAAAAUAUUUGUGUAUUUUAAUAUGUUUAUCAGUUUUUAUAUCAUUAUAUAAAAUAUCGUUGACAUGUUAUGAGCGUGUUGAAUUUUUGAAUUGUUUAAAAUAUAUUUUUUCCUAUAACAAAGAAAUGUAUUCUUUCUUGAGAAGUGUAAUAUUAAAUCAUUUAUCUGAGACAUCUGUAAUAAGUGGUAUUACAAUAUGUAAAAUUGUAGCACAUUUUACUUUAUUAAUAUUAAAAAAUCCUGAUUCUUCCAUAUUAGAUGUUAAUAAUGUAGAAAAUGAAGUAUCGAAUAUAUUAAAAUGUAUUAAUAAGAAUGAAGAUGUGAAUGGUGGUCUUUUAUUUAAUAUUACGCAUUUGAUGAGAGAUUAUAAUAAUAGAUAUUUGUAUGUAUUAUUACAUAUAGUACAUAAAAUAUUAUUAAAAAAAAAAGAAGAAAUAUUAGAAUGGGAAGAUAAAAAAGAAAGUAGCUCUAUAUGUUUCAAUAAAAAAAUAUAUAAUAUAAUAUUUAUGUAUUUUUAUGAUAUUUUUAAUAAUAAAAUGUAUAUAAAAAAAAAUGAUGAUAAGGGAUGUAAUAAUUCCACAAAGGAUUUAUUAUUUUUUAACAGAGAUAGAGAAAUUAUGAAUGUGUUUUUAGAAUAUAGUGAAUUAUUUUUUAAUUACGAAAAGGAGAAAAAAAUAACUAGACAAGGUGGGAAUAUUUGUAGUUAUUUUAAGAAUGAAAAUAUAAAGGAGGAAUUAGGUUUUGAUGAAAUUGUAGUAAUAAAGAAUUUUAUACAUUCAGAAGAAAAAUGUUAUAAUAAUAUGAUAUUAUGUUAUUAUUAUUUGAUAUAUUUAUUUUCUAAUUUGUCAGAAAAAAAAGAAGAUUCAUGUAUAUAUUUUUAUCAAUAUAAUAUAGGAAAAAGAUUAUAUUUCUUUUUAUACCAAUCAUUAUUAUAUGGUAAUAACAUGAAGGAAUAUAAUAUGAAUGUAUCUAAAUACUAUACGCAAGAUAUGAUAAUUAAAGAGAAGAAUAAAAUGGAUGUUUUGGAAUUAUUAAAAAGUAUUGAUAGAAAUAUUCGUUUAUAUAUAUUUUUAUAUGCUUUAUUAUUUGUUAAUAAUAAAAGAAAAGAAGAUAUGGUACAUGGUUUAUUUUUGAAUAGUAUAAAAAGGAUAUAUAAAAUAUUUUCAGAAAAUAUGUUAGGAGAAAAAAAUAUAGAAGAUAUUAAUAGUAAUGAUAUUAUGCAUAUAAAAUCAUUAGUUGUAAAAAUAUUUGAUUCAUAUCAUUAUUAUUUAAUAAUUAAUAAUUUAUCAUUUAAAAGUUGUUAUGAACUUAUAAAAAUAAUCAAGGAAUGUUUAAAUAUUUAUGAUCACUUUCCUAUAUAUUUUUUCAAAGAUAAUUUUUCAAAUAAGAAUAAUACGAAAAGGGUAUGUCCUAAUAAAUAUUAUGAUUAUAUAAAUGUGAACGACCCGAAAGGUAAAGGUGAUGGUGAAUGUGAUGGUGAAGGUGAAGGUGAAGAUGACGAUGAAGAUGAUGAUGAUAAUAAUAAUAAUAAUAAGGACGAUGGGAAUGGAAAAAAGAAAAAGAAAGAGAGAGAGAGAGAAAAAAAAAAAAAUGAAUUAUUUUAUGAAUGGAAAAAGGAAUAUGAUGAAUUUCCAUCAUUAAGACAAGAUUUUUCAUAUAAUGUAUAUUCGAGGAAUAGAAAAUCUAGCGAGCUAUCAAAAAAUAGCAAGCCAAAAAAGAAGAAGGACAAUAAAAAUGUUUCAUGUGGUAGUUCUCCCAAUAUGGAUAGUAUAAAUAAUAAUGAAAUAAUAAAAAAUACGAAUGAAAAUAAGAACAAUUGUGAUUAUAAUAUUAAGGAGGAUGAUGAAUCUGGUAGUAGUAACAAAAGUAUUAAUAAUAAAGCAAAAGGAAAUGAUGAUACUAUGAAUAAAAUAGAUACAACGAAUAAUAAUAAGAAAAUAAAUAAAACGAAAGACGAUGAACAUGAACAUGAACAUGAACAUGAACAUAAACAUGAACAUGAACAUAAACAUGAACAUAAACAUAAACAUAAACAUAGUUAUGUUGAUCAAGAAACAUUAGAAAAAAUGGAAAUACUCAAAAGAAUUGAGAAAGAUUAUGAAGAAAAUAAUAAGAAGAAAAAUGGAAAGAAUGAAGUAAAUCUUAUUAGUGAUCAUGAAAAAAAAGGAGAUGAUGAAGGGGAUAUUAACAAUAGUGAAAAGGUUGUAAAUAUUGAACAUACUCUAGAUAAAGAUGUUGAAAUUAUAAAAGAAAUUUUGCCUAAUAAAAAAAAAAAUAUAAAAGAGAAUAAAGAUAAGGAAGGAGAGGAUCAAGAGGAUACAAAUAAAAUAAAUGUUGAAGAUGAAGAAAAGAAAAAGAAAAAUAUGACAACAAAUAAUACAUGUAAUAAAAUAAAUAAGGAUAAAAAGAAAAUGUGUCCAAUUCGUUAUUAUGAUAAUAAUAGAGGAGAAUAUAAUUUGUAUAAUUAUUUUAAUAACAAUAGAUAUAUAAAUUAUAUACCAAAGGAUUUCUUUUAUGAGAAUCUAUUUAAUGAAAGUAUUAAUAAUAAUUUAACAAUCGAUAAGAGUAAUAAAAAUAAGAGUAUGUAUAAUAAUUAUAAUUGUCAUUUCCCUAUACAUUUAAGAAGAAAUGGUUUAUAUGUAGAUAAUGUGUCUAUUUUUGGAAUGUUGAAUAAAGGAAUAAAUAUUUCCUUAUGUGAACAAGAUGAUAUAAAGAAUAUAUUAUUAGAUGAAUAUAAACAUAAUGUUUUAAAUAAAAAUGAAGAUAAGAAACAAAAUAAUUUUAAUGAUUAUUUUGAAGAUGUAUUAAUGUUACCUAGACAUAAGAAUAAAAAAUCUGUAGCUCAUGACGAUUCAUUGAUAUCAAAGGAUAGGAAAAGUUUUAUGACUACAAAUAUGUCUGUCUCUGAAAAGGGUGCAUGCACCACCAACAAUAAUAAGAAUAAUAAUGACAAUAAUAAUGACAAUAAUGACAAUAAUGACAAUAAUAAUGACAAUAUGUAUGUGAAAAUACCUAAAUAUUUUUUUAAAAAUAUUAUUGAUAAGGAGAAAAGAAAAAUACACGGAUCCUUCAACAUUUUUGAAACGUUCAAUAAGGUUGAAAAUCUUGUUAGAAAAAAUAUGAACAAAUGUAUUGGUAAAGGUCUAUAUCCAAAUAAAUAUUAUUCAAAAGAUGAUGAUGAUUUAAUUAUUUUGUCAGUAAAUGGAGUAGAUGUUCAUAAUAAUUCAUGCUUAUCAGAAUAUUUAAUGAAACUAAAUGAAGAUAUGUAUUAUAUGAAUAAUAAUUCUUUAUGUGUAAAUGAUGAAAAUAUUUUUUGUAACAUAGAAAACUUUUAUAUAUAUAAUGAUGUGGUAGAAAAUAUCCCACCUCAAUUUUUUGGAUUAAAAAAUAAUAUAAAAUAUUUGUGGAACAAUAAUUAUAAUAUAAAUAAUAAUAAUAAUAUGAACAAUGUGAAUAGUGUGAAUAGUGUUGGUGCUCUUAUAUGUGGUGGUAAUUCUUAUAACACUAGAGGUUCACACGAUAUUACUUAUAAAAUAAUUAAAAAGAGAAAAAAUAAUGAUAGAAUUUCUAAACCCCUAUAUGAUGUCGAAAGGAUGUUAAAUAUGAAUGAAAAUAAUAAUAUAUAUAGUUUGAAUAAAAAUAAUAAUAUAUAUAGUUUGAAUAAAAAUAAUAAUAGUGUAAAUUAUAAAGGAUGUGAAAGUAGUAGUAGUCGAAAUAACUCAUUGUUCAUGAAUUUGAAAAAGAAGAAAGAAUCUAACGAUCUUUUGCAUACUGAUGAUAGUAAGAAAUAUUAUGUAAUGAAACCAAGAGGAGAUGAACAACAAUCAGUACUACAACCAGAACAAGAAGAAAGUGUUUCAAAUUAUGUUGAUUGGGUUACUUAUAAGAAAAUAAAAACAAGUAUAAAUACACCAUUAUGUUGUAAAAUGGUUAAUGAAAAGUAUAAUUAUUAUAAUAUAUCCUAUGAUUUAUUUAAACAUUUAUAUGAUAAUAAUAGGAAUUGUGUCAAUAAGAACAAUAUGAAUAAGGAACAUGGCGUUUUAGGAAAUGGUAUGAACGAAUCGUUUGAAAAUAAUAAUUUAAUAAAACAUGAAGUUAAUACAAAAGAGGAUUCAACGAGUUCUUUUAAUAUGUCCAAAGGUGAAAUUACUUCCUUUGAUAAUAAUAUAAAUAAUUCUGACCUUAAUAAUAAUGAUAAUAAAAUGAACAAUUUUGAUUAUAUAGGUGAAGGUAAAAAUAUGGUUAUUUUAAGUGACGGUACGAAUUUAAGUACCUUAGGAAAAUCAUAUUUUUUAAGAAAUCAUUUAAUCAAUAAAUAUAAAGAAAAUGAACUGAAUUUUUUAUUUUCACAACGUCCAUAUGUUGAAGAUGAUUGCAUGUACUUAUCAAAUUAUUUACAAAUAGAAAUGAUGAAAGCCACCGAACUCAUAUUUAUGGAUGAACAUUAUAUUAAUAAAGAUAUAAUGCUGAGUACUCAUAUUCAUAAUAUUAAUUUUUUGGUACAGAAAGUAGGUGAUAAUGAAAAUAUAUAUUCUGAAGACAAUAAAAACUUUAUGAAACAUUUUAAUGCUUUAGAACUUUUGAGAAGAAAAGAGAAAAUAUUAUUUGAUAAAUAUAGAAAUGAUAAUUAUGAUUUAUUUAAAAAGAACAAGGAAUGUGUUCAUUUAAAUGUGGAAAAUAUAUAUAAGAAUUAUGAUGAAAAUAAUGAAGAGGAUUUUUAUUUAUUAUAUAAUUAUAUGCCUAUAUACAAUGAAAUGAUUAAAAGUAAUGUUAUGAUGUAUGAAGAAGGAGAAGUUAUAUUAAAAAGUAUAGAUAACACGAAAACGUUCUUAGGAGAUAAUUUAAAUUAUCAUAAUAAUAAUAAAGAAUUAUAUAAUGGUGAUAAUAUAUAUGUAAAAAAUGAAUUAAAUUUAAAUAAUAUAGAGAGUUAUUAUAAUAAGAGAUCAUGUGAUAAAAAUAACGAGGAGAAGAAUAUAUUUUUAGAUAAUAUGUUUAAUUUUUUAAUUUAUAAAUUUCUCUAUUUAUUAUGUAAACAUUUUAAAAUGUGUGAUGUUGGUACUUUUAUGAAUUUUUAUAAUAACAAUGGUGAAGAAUAUUUCAAGUAUAAUGAAUAUGUAAUAGAAGCAAGAGAAAAUAGUUUAUUAUUUGAAGAAACAAAAAGAGAAAUAUAUAAAUUUAAAUAUUUAUUUGAAAAAUCGGUGAAUGAUCAUUCUAAUAAUUAUGAUAAUAAUAAUAAAAAUAAUAAUAAUAAUAAUAAUAAUAAUAAUAAAAAUAAUAAUAAUAGCAUUAGUAGUAGUGAGUAUUUGAAUGAAUUUAAUUUUAUAGAGAAUGAGAAAAAUAUUGAUAUACAUGAUAUUAAAAAAAAAGAUUUUUUAUUAAAUAGUAUAAAUAAUAAAGUAAUAUAUUAUUUAAAUAAUCCAUUAUUUAUAUUUAGUGAAAAAUUACCUUCAUGGGUAUAUAAAAUAUUUUAUUUAUUUAACUUUGUUAUAGAUAUUGAUAUAAGAUUAUUAUUUUUCGAAUUAAUAUAUUUUGGUAAUUAUAGGGGAUUAUAUAAUUAUAAACAGAAAAUAAAGGAAUUAGUCGAAAAAUUUAAUGAGAAAGUUAAUUUCGAUAAUUCUAUGUUAUCAGAAGAACAUUUAUUAUCUGUGUGUGCAAAUUAUACAUAUAAUAGUGAUAAAAAAAAAUUAUUUAAUUUUUUAUCGGAUAAUAAUAUAUUAUCCUUACCAAGAACAAAAAUAAAAUUACAUAGAAAUAAAAUUAUUGAAUCUUCCUUAAGAAUAUUUAAUCAUUUACAUUAUAUUCAUUCAAAUUAUAUUACCCCUUCCUUUUUGGAUAUCGAAUUUUUUAAUGAAGAAGGAAUUGGUUUAGGUCCUUCCCUAGAGUUUUAUAAUGAAGUUAUCGAAGAAUUAAAAAAAGAAAAAUUAAAGUUAUUUAAAAUUGAAGACAAUUAUCUCUUCCCUAUAUCUUACAAAAUUAAUUUAAACAAUUUUGAUUUCAGUUUAUUAAAGAAGCCCAAAAGUUCAGAAAUUGUAGGCUCAAAUAAUAAAUCUUUACAUAAUAAUAUGUAUCCAUCUAGUCCCUAUCACCAACCUACUUCUUUAAAUAAACGAAUUAAUAUAUUAAAUGAUGGUACAAGUAAUCAUACGAAUAGUUAUAGUUCUGUUAAUAAUUUGAUAAAUCAUUUCUUGUUUUCCAUGAACUCCAAUAUUUUCCAGAGGGAGUCUCAUAGCAAAAGCAAUGGUAAGAGUAAAGUGGAAAAUAAUAAUAAAGUGAAGGGUGAAGUUAAAAAUCGAAAAAGCGCCAAAAAAUGUAAAUCCGAAAAAAAACAUGGAGAUGAUUAUUUAGGUGAUGAUCAACAGGGAAAAGAAGAUGUUCAUGAUGAUGAUAAAUAUAAGUACGAUGAUAAUUAUGAUCAUGAAGAAGACGACUAUGAAGAUGAUUAUGAAGAUGAUUAUGAAGAUGAUUAUGAAGAUGAUUAUGAGGAUGAUUAUGAAGAUGACUACGAAGACGAUUACGAAGACGAUUACGAAGACGAUUAUGAAGACGAUUAUGAUGACGAUUAUGAAGAUGCAUAUGAUGAACAAAAGGGUCACAUUGAUUAUGAUAAAGAAUAUGACGAUGAGGACGAAGACAAAAAAGAUAGCGAUAUGUUAAAUAGCGAAUUUUUUGGUAAUCGUUUGAGAAACAGAAAAAAUAAAAAAAAUCUUAAAUAUGUGACUGAGAAUGUGAAUAAAAAUAAUAAAAAUAAAAAAAGUAAAAAAAAUAAAAAAAAUGACUCCUGUGUUGUUGAUUCCAAACAAAAAAGUAUUACGUCCACUGAUAAAAGAAAGAACAAAAAGAAUAAGAAAAAUGAUGAAAAGAUGGAUAACGCAGAGGAACAUGGCAAAAAAGAAGAUAUCUUAGCAAAAGGAAGUUCUAGAAGAUCAAGUUCGAAGAAAAAGGGUUCAUUAAAAAUAAAUAAUAAGGAAGAUGAUGAAAAGAGUGCACUAGAUGAGAACCAGGAAGAUAUUAAAUUACAAACCUUAGAUAAGGAAUCUGAUAAGGCAAAAGAAAAUUUAGAAGAAGAGCAAAUACAAUGUGAAAAAAAUAAAAAAAAGAGAACUCGAUCAUAUAAUAAUACAGAUCAAAAGGAAAAGAAACAAGUUGAAAAUGUACCUGAUGACAAAAUGUAUGAGGAAGCACACGGAGGCGUGUCAAAUGAUGACGAAGAAGGUAUUCAAAAAGGAAAACUUAAAAAAAGCACUAUUAAAAAAAAUAUAAAUAGUGAUAAAGGUGAAGACUCUGAAAAAAAUGUAUCCAAAUUAAAUGAAACGAAAGAAAAAGAAGUUGUGAUUAUUUCUUCAAAUAAAAAAUUAAUUGAAAAUGUAUCAGUUAAUACAACCGACAUGUUGAAUAAAAAAAAAAAUGGAAGCACUAGUCAGGUUGUAAAAGAAGAAUAUAUGGAAAAAUCAGAAAAACAGUGUUGUAAAUUGUUAGACAAAACAUUUGAAGAUGAAAAAAAAAAAAUAAUAAUAAUAAAUGACAAUAAUAAUAAUAAAGAACAUGAAAAUUUUGAUAAAAAUACAGUAACAAUAGAAAAUAAAAAUAAUAAAAGUAUUAUUACAAAAGAAGAGAAUGGUUUGGAAGAAAAAAGUAAAAGUAGUAAUAAAGAUGAUGAAAUGCAACAAUGUGUUACUGAACAAAAUGAAAAUUACAUUUUAGAUGAGGAUAAAAAUAUAAAUGUGCCUAUAAAAAAAUAUAAGUUAUUUACAAAAGAUUUUGAGGAACAUUUUAUGAAAGAAGAUAAAAAUAUUGAUAUGAAUAAAAAUGAAAAAGAAGAACAAAUUAAAAAAAAUGUAAAUAAUAAUAGUCCAAUAAAUCUAAGUGAAUCUGUAACACAAAAUAUUAUAAAUUCUUUACUUAAAGAAAUAGAAAAUAACAAAAUGCCUGUACAAGAAAUAAAUGACAAAAUUCAAAAUGCAAAUAAUAAAAAGUUAGAUAACCAAAAUGUGAAUAAUGAAACUACUCAAAAUAUACGCUCAAAUGUAAUUUCAAAUAAAACUAAAAAAACCUCAAGUGAUAAAAUUAAAAAAAAAACAAUACAUAUAGAUCAAGAUACAUUAGAAAAUAGGUUAUUCAAAUAUUUUAAAUUACUUGGACAAUUGUGUGCAAAAAUAUUGACAGAUAAUAGAAAUAUCAAUGUUAAUUUACAUCCGUUGUUUUGGUACUUGGUGAUGAGUAAUUCGUCCUAUAUCAAUUUAUCCAAAUUUCAUCAUUAUCACGCGAUUGAUAGAAUAAAUAUGAAUAGCAUAAAUAAAUUACUGGAAUAUAGAAACGAAAAUAAGAACGUGGAAGAUUUACAUCUCGAUUUUACAUUGCUUGGGAGCAAUCCACCUGUGGAACUUAUACCAAACGGUUCAAACAUUCCCGUGACAAAUGAAAACUUAAAUUUGUUUAUAAAUAAAACAAUAGAAUAUUCAUUAUAUGACGGAAUUAAAUUUCAGAUAUGGGCAUUUCGUUACGGUUUUAGUACCAUAGCUCCAUUAGUAUGUACCAACAUGUUUGAUGAAAAUGAAAUUUGUGAAUUUUUAUUUGGUAGUAAUAUUGAGAAUGAUGAGCAUUGGACAAAAACUCAUCUUUCAACAUAUAUUAAACCAGAUCAUGGAUAUACGAACGAUUCAAUUACUUUUAUUACAUUAAUUGAAAUACUUUCCGAAUUUAAUAAGGAAGAGAGAAAACAAUUUGUAAAAUUUUGUACGGGAACAUCUGCCCUACCUAAUAAUGGCUUUGCAGCAUUAAAGCCCUUAAUGAAAGUUGUUAAGAAGGAGGACAAUAAUGAUUUACCAAGUGUGAUGACUUGUACAAAUUAUUUAAAAAUACCAGAUUAUAAAAAUAAAGAAAAACUAAGGAACAGAUUAAUUUAUGCCAUUAAUGAAGGCCAAAAGAACUUUUCACUUUCUUAA